AUGAAAGAGGGAAAGUGCACUGGAUGUACUACUGAUGAGGAAGACGGUCACUCUCAGGACGGAAAUGGUUCCCUUGGCAAAGAUUUCGGGAAUGCAUCCGAAGGACUGUCACUCGACCCUGUCAUCAGAGAUACUCUGAUGAAAAGAGCCGAGGCAGAAGCUGCACAAUGGCAAAUGGAUGAAGAUACCGCCAGUGCAAGAGCGUUCAAAGACAAACAAGCGGUAAACAAGAAGAAGCCUUUUCCUUCUUCCUUGGCUCUUCCCAGCCCCAAGAAUAUUUUGGGGGCCAAUCCACGGCUGCAAGACACAAUAAGUGAACCCAAACAACCAGAUGACCAAGAAGAAGUCAUGAAAAUUGUGGCAGAUCAGGCCAGUUUGGCGGUCGCCGAAUAUCUCAAUGCCAAAGAAGAUCUCCAAAAUCAAGAAACUCCAGACACUGCUAACAACCACCUCAUGCAGUUGGUAAUGGAAAUCAAUGAAGCGGCCAAAAUGGGAAAAUUUGCCACUAAUCAUGCCCGAGGAAGUAGUUCCAGCAAAGAGAAUGCAGAAAGUAACUGUGACAAUAGUAAUGGUAAUACCAACCAUACUAUGGAUUCUGCCAUGAAGACACUGACAGCGGGCAAUGUAGCUCGGAUGAGCAACACUCCACAAAGCCACCAGCUAUCGUUUUUCCAAAAGGGAAAGACAUGUGCUGCGAAUAUGCCUGCCAAAGGAUCAGCAACAGCACAAAUAAUGUUGAAAGAAAACGAACUUUUUAAGCAAGAAGAACACAGAAACUCUGCUAGUUACAAUAUGGACCUCCUGCAAAUGGCAACUGAAAUCAAUGAGGCUGCCAAAAUGGAAAAAUUUGAAACUGCUGCAGAUUCUGGUAAUGAUCCAAACCGGCAAUGUGCAGAACUUGCAGUACAACCUGAAAGUAUUCCACAGAGACAACCACAGUCAUCCAGACCAGGGGCCUACAAAGGUGUACCGGGAGAAGCCUUGCAACGAGCCAAUACCCUAAGGUUCUCCCUUGUUGGUGCUGGUGCAACUGGUCAAGGUGAACCAUUAGUGCAGAUUCCAGACAAUGCAUCUGCACUGGCUGAGCCACAUGAUGCAGGACUACCCAGUGUCGACACCAACCACAACAUUCCAUCAAGAAAUGACACACAAUUGGCAGUGGCAAAUCUUGUUCUAGAAGAUCCAGAGGAGGAACAAACUAGGCCCGCUGCAGAUCCAGUUGAUCUACAGCAUGUCCAGCAGAGAGAACAAAAGAGGAAGAAACAGAGACUGACGUUUAUUCUCUUCUUUGUCAUGUUGAUAAUUGUGGCAGCAGUCAUUGUUGGAGCUGUGGCAGGGACCCAAAAGAAGGAGCCAGCCGUGGUUGUCUUCCUAUCAACAGAUGCUCCGACGGUCUAUGGCUCCAUAACUCCUUCUGAAGCACCAUCAUCUGCCCCUACUGGAUCUCUGGACAUACUGUUGGAUAGCCUACCAGACUACACUUUGGCCAGCAUCAACAAUGGCAGUGAGACCCCUCAGUGGAAGGCCUGGCAAUGGCUAGUUAAUCACCAAAACAUCACAAAUUUACCUGAAUGGAGGAAGAUGCAGUUGUUUGCCAUGUCCACAUUCUUCUACUCCUUUGAAGGAGAAAACUGGUGGCGGCCUGUUCGUGACAGAUGGAUGGAUGACACAAAAGAAGAGUGCCUUUGGUUUUCCCGUGGAUUUGGGUUCUUCGUGGAUGGAAAAUUUGAUGAAUUUGGACCUCCUUUCGGAAUUCUCCCAUGUGACAACCAAGGAAAACUGACUUCUCUUAAUUUGGGAAAUCUUGAGCUAGAGGGUUUCUUGCCUGCUGUUCCACCAGAGAUUUCCCUUUUGACAUCCUUGACACAUUUAACGCUGUUAUUCUUUGGAGCCCAGAUGACGAUAGCUGACCUUUUCCCAUCUGAGUUCUACAGCAUGACAGAUUUGGAGCUCAUCAACAUUGGUCCAACAUUGACUGGUGCUCUGCCUACGCAACUUGGUUCGAUGACAGGUCUGUUGGACAUCAACGUUUUCGACUGCCUUGUCACAGGCCCGAUUCCCAGUGAGCUGGGGCUGUUGACCAGCAUGACAACAAUGCGGCUGAACAACCCUUAUCUUUCAGGCACUAUUCCCAGUGAGCUUUGGUUGAUGACUUCCCUGAAAUUUUUGCUUUUGGGCUAUGAGUCUGAAAUGCAUGAACAGUGGAGCCUUCUAAGGGGCCAAUUUCCAAGUGAGGUUGGGUUAUUAACAGAGCUAACUUUCCUGGCGAUGUUCAAUACCAUGAUGACAGGUUCCCUCCCGAGCGAAAUUGCAUUGGCUACAAACUUGGAUGUGCUUUCUUUGACAAAUGUUUCGCUGACUCAGUUGACCGGUCCACUGCCUUCGGAGCUUGGGCUCCUGACCUCAUUGGAAUAUCUUGAGCUUUAUCAAAAUCAGAUUUCUGGUGUGAUUCCUUCAGAGCUUGGGCUCCUGACCUCGUUGCAUUUUCUACAUCUUGGUGAUAAUCAGCUCACCGGUCCAUUUCUUUCUGAGCUUGGAAAGUUGACUGGUUUGGCUAUGUUGGUGUUGGAUCAAAAUCAGUUCACUGGUCAAGUCCCUUCCGAGCUUGGCCGAUUGACGGAUCUGCGAGCGCUGACGUUCAACGAAAAUCGGUUGAUGGGGACAAUUUCUUCUGAGCUUGGGCUCCUAACCUCAUUGGGGGGGCUUCGGAUUUAUCACAAUCAGUUCACCGGACCAAUCCCGACUGAAAUUGGUCUGAUGACAUCUUUGACAUUUCUGGGUCUUCACAACAAUGACCUGACAGGAGCACUGCCCAGCCAGCUGAAUGCUUCAAUGGGGUUGAGGCUAUAUGGAAAUCGAUUCUCAGGAACUGUUCCAGAACAUCUUUGUGCUUUGCUGCGGUGUGAUUGUUCCCUAAAUGAAACUCCUCCUGUUUCCACUUGUGCUGACCUCACAGAAUCUCCACCGGAUUGGCCUGGACGAUUUCCAACCAGAGGGGCUGAUGUGAUGAUCAAUAUCCAAACUGAUGACUUUCCAGACGAAUUAUCAUGGGUUUGGCAGAAGGGAACCAAUGUGACAGGUGGUUGGGACACACUGGAAUCAGGUGGUCCACUGGAAAUUAAGAAUUAUCUAUAUUCCUCUCUCUUCCCAGUGAACACUGACACAGCCUACAGACUGGUUGUGUCUGACAGUUUCGGUGAUGGUGUCUACAUCCCUGCAUGGAUCACUCUGACAGCCACCAAUGAAACAGUGUUGUAUUCUUUGGUAGCUGGGGAGGCCUUCUCUGAAAUCACCAUUGACAUCUUGGUUGGAGCGGAUGGAUCUUUGGAUAUCACCAAUUCUACAACUCUGUAA